AUGUUUUCUGAUAAAUGGGGCACCGAGAUUAAUAAAACCUAUGGAUUUUCAGGCUUGAUGAGGGACAUUAUUACAACAAAAACUGCAGAGCUUUCCGGUGCUCCUCUUUUUAUGUUCAAAAAACGAGUACCCGUCAUAGACUACGUGGCAGUAACUACACCUACAAUCAUAAAAUUUGUUUUUCGUCAACCCAAGUUGUCUUAUAUUUCUAACCUGUAUAUUUUGCCUUUUGCCAAUGAAGUUUGGUUAGCAUUAUUUGGAUUAACUAUACUUCUGAUUUUCACCACUUUUGCUGUUAAUAAGUGGGAACGAAAAUUAGAUAAACUUUCUACUGCUGAGGACACCGACUUUUUAACCAAAGAGGGUGCAAUAUUUACUGACGCAGCAUUUUUAACCAUGAGCGCUUUUUGUCAACAAGGUUUUAAUAAUUUGCCAAAGAGAACUCCAGGAAAACUUGCCACGCUUAUAGUAUAUUUAUCGUUGAUGUUUAUAUUUGUAUCAUAUUCUGCUAAAAUACUAGCGUUGCUUCAAUCAUCCUCAAAUAGUAUUACCAGCCUAGAAGACUUACUAAAUUCGAGAAUGUUGUUGGGUGCUCUGGAAACCGAUUACCAUAGAAUUUUCUUUUCAACUGUAAAAGAGCCUUUAAGGAAAGCAAUAGUUGAGAAAAAAAUUGCUCCACCUGGACAACGCCCCAAUUACCUGGAUCUAGAGGAAGGUAUAAAACGUGUUAAAGCAGGACAAUUUGCAUUUCAUGUGCAACUCGGGGCAGCUUAUUAUGUGAUAAGCAAAACAUUUAUAGAACAGGAAAAGUGUGGUCUUCACACUAUUGACUUUUUUAACUUGGGAAAUCCAUAUAUCGCUAUUCAAAAAAACUCGUCAUAUAAGGAAUUACUUAAAAUUGGGUAAUCACCCAAUCUUUUACAAAAAUAUGAUUGUUUUUUAAAUGACAUUGUUAUUUGUAGAUUUCGGCUGGUUCAAGAGAUUGGCAUUCAAAAAAGGGAAAACAAUCUCAU